UCCACCUCAGCUGCUGUAACUUCCCUCCCAGCUACCAUAACCUCCACCUCAGCUACCAUAACCUCCGCCUCAGCUGGUGUAACUUCCAUACCAGCUACCAUAACCUCCGCCUCAGCUACCAUAACCUCCGCCUCAGCUGGUGUAACUUCCAUACCAGCUACCAUAACCUCUGCUCCAGCUACCAUAACCUCUUCGUCGGCUAAUGUAACCUCCGCUCCAGCUACCAUAACCUCCAGCUUGACUACCAUAACCUCCGCCUCAGUUACUGUAACCUCUGCUCCAGCAACCGUAACCUCUGCCCGAACUUCCACCCAGAAGGUUUCAACUACAGUUGCAACCCCGGUAACAGCUUCCCCAAAACCAACCUCAGCAUCCUCCUCCGCUACAGCAACAACCGUGACAGCAACAGUAAAAACAUUCCAAGCUCGCCCAUCAAACUCAACAAGUCCAAGCACAGCUCCCACUGCAACUCCAACCAUGUCUUCUUCUACAACUCCAUCAGUAACAACAGUCUCAUCUGCUGCAAAUACAGCUCCAUCUUCUCCAGAGCAAGCAAGGACUAAUGCGACAGCUACCAAAGUCCCUACCAAACCAGUCUCAACUUCACAGCCACCAACAACAACAGGUCCAGUGUCUAAACAGGCAACAGCUGUCCCAGUGGUUGGCACAUUCUCUGCAAAACCUCCUGCUAUACCAACCCCAACCUGCACUCCUUCCCCAACCACAGUGUCUGCCAGUGUAACUACCACAGCCAAGUCUAAGACAGUUACAGUAACUUCAUCACCCCCAACAGAGGGAGUCCAAGUAAAAACCCCUGUAGCAGUAGUCCCCUCCAAAGAACACUCAACGCCAUCCAUCCCUGCAACAACUGCAGAAAAGACUGUCAAGAUCCUACCUCCUGUUACAACUUCCACAGGUGCUACACCAGCUCCAGUACCAACAGUCACCACAGCUACAUCAUCCUCAGAAAAGUCUAGUACAGCUGCUACCACAAACAUUGUCAUGACUACCCAAGCAUCCACUACCACAGCCACCCCUGUGUCUGUAGCAGCAGUAGCCACUACCACAGCUGCCACGACCAAAACAGCUCCCCUUGUGUCCACCACGCAAACAUCUGCAGUAACUUCCCUGCAAGUACAAAGCUUGGAUGUGUCCACACCAACCAAGACAGAGGCCCCACCCCAGGUAGCUACAUCUGCUUCCUCCAGUGUUUCAUCUGAUAAACAAUCUUCAGAGCCGACGCAGAAAGUGUCCAAGAGUGACCCAGACAGGGAGACAGAAAUGGAGGUAGACACAGUGGAGGCUGGCGCAAGGACUAGCAAGGAGGAGGAUGACAAAAAGGAGGACAUCUGCAAGUCUCAGGCUAAAAGGAGAAAAGUGGAGAGUUCCUCUGAGACCAAAGAGUCGGACAGGGAGGGAGCAGGCGGAGAAGCACAGCCUGCAGCUGCCCCUCAGAAAGAAGAACCUAAGCAACAGGCGGUGGAGCAAACUCCAAUCCCGAAAAGGCCUCUCAGUCGCCAGAGUAGCCAGGAGUCCACUCGCUCCUCCUCAUCAUCAUCUGGGUGCUCUACAUCAACACUCACCCGUCACGCUCACCACAAGAGGACUUACGAGAACAGACAUCCUGCCAAGAAGAGGCGGAUGGAUGUCACAUCAGAAACAGGGAAGGAGGAGAAAAAAGAAGAGGGUGGAGUGAAGGAAGAGGAAAGCAGCAAAAAGGAGCUCACCACCGCUCGGAGAAGACGUUCCAGGUCUUCCUCUUCCUCCUCAGACUCUGACAACAGUGAGAGCAGGAAGGAGCACCGGUUGACUCGCUCGGGGAAGCACAGGCUACAAGAUCAGGAGAGGGAAAAGGGCAACAGCCGGCAGGGAAAGAAACCUGCGCCCAGCUCUGACAGAAAUGCGUCAAACAACGCCAACACAUCCACAGGUGGAGAGUCUGGCAGUGAUACAUCUUCUGUUAGGGUCACCAGGAAGUCUGCAGGAUCUCAGCCUUCACAGGACAGUAAAGCUCAGACAAACAGCGCCCCCUCGUUGCCUCCUGAGCCCGAAGUUCUGGGGAAGAGGUGCUCGGCACUCAAUGCGGCAGCCAAGCUCCUAGCAAUGAAAGGCAGGGUGGAUACCCCUGGCCACACCACUCGGAAAGACUCGGGAGCGAAGGCCACAGGGACUUCUCCUGCCUCCUCUUCUGACAAGAACCAAAAGCCUAAAAGCAAAAGUGUACCAGCCUCCCCUCAGACUAACUCUGUAAAUCUUACUAACAAUAAAAGCAGUGGCAGCAAACCCUCAACGCCCAAUCAGACAAGCCGCCCUGCGCCCCGCUCCACCAGACAGUGCCCCGGUUCUCUGGUUCCACCCCUGGAAGUGGAGUACAGGAGGUCUAAAGCAGAGGAAAAGGAAAGGGGGAGUAGGAAGUCAUCAGGGGGAAAGGACGGUGAGACAGAGGGGCAGUCUUCGUCCCGGGGCCACAGUGCCUGCAGCAGCAUGAGCAGUGACGGCGAGGGAGGGCGCAGCAGCAGAAGCCGCAGCAGCAGCAACAGCAGCCAACGUACCCACAGCAUCAGCUCUCAGAACACCGAGCACAGAGAGUCCCGCGCCGCUUCCUCCGGCAGCGAGCGCGAGAGGGAUCGCAGCUCGGAGAGCAGAGACAAAAGAGACCAGCAGGGCCAGCGCAGGGAGAGUCGGAAGGACAGGAGGUCUCAAAAGCUCUCGCAGGAGGUGACCAGCAGUUCAGGAACAGAGGGGACGCCGGACAGGGUGCUGCGUAGCGUCGCAGCGCUCGCGGCAGUGCAGGCCCGGUCACCGGCCGCGAGCACCCGCUCCUCUUCUGGUCAACAUCGUCACAACAAGACAUGAUCAGAGUGCCAAAGGGAAAAAAUGGAAGCGAGAGUGCCGUUGUAGAGCACGAUACGAGAGCAUGUCAUGACCUCCAAGGUUGCUGCUUUGUGUGCACUCUUAAUGAAUGCAAGGGAACUGAGUGCUGCACAAGCCAGGGACCUCCCUGCCUCUUGGGCCCUCUCCCUUUCCAAUUGGAGCUGGUCCUCUCACCAGCUCAGCCAUUGUCAGCUGGGGGAAGGCUCAGGGAUGCCGGACUGAGAGUUAAAAAAAAGUGGCACCAUCGUUGUGCGUCCGUGAACGGACAGAGAUGGUACAGUGGGUAAAGUCACCACUGGGACUUGAGAGGGGCAAAGGUGCAAGAGGUUAUAAAGGAAAGUUGUUAGUUCACCUUAUGUACUGUAAUCAUUUAAGACUGGAACACUCAGAUCUUAUGUGUUAAGAUGGGAUUAUACAGCACCCUCUGUCAGGGUUGUAAACGAAAAGUCAUUUGUGUGACGUUAAAAACCUGCGAGUGACCAGUUGUAUUGUAAGUUGGAGGUUUUAGAGAGUUUGGUUUUGAAAAUUUCGUCAGCUGUCCUGACUAUUGUUUCUUUGUAGUCAGUUGAUAAGUUAUGCAUAUUUUAUUAUUUCUUCCAGGGUUUUGGGAAGAGACCAGAUCUGUCAAUGUGAUCUUUGCUGCACUAUGCUGGAGCUUGUCUUUGCUUGGGCCCCUUUGUUUGUCACGUCAGUUUCUGUUCAUUGGAUUCAUUUUUAAAUCCAGCCUUGCAUUUCUCAUUUGCACAUCUGAUAUUGUGGCCCUCGGCUUUUGAGUACAUUGUGGUGUAGUAAUACGUUUUUACAUCAACUGGUUCCUCACGAUGCAUCUCUACAGUCUGAAAAACUGCAUUAAUUCAAGUUGCGAAUUGUCUUGAACAUGUGCUCGUCACCACGACCCGGAGCAGCAGAAGCUAAAUUUCUUUUUCCUAAUCCUCCCAAAGGCAUUUAUAGUUAACGCUCCACUUUGUCGUGUAUUUAUAUUGAAAGGGCAAGUACAUGUUAUUGAAAUUAAGAGUGCCUCUUUGGCCAAAUGGGUGUGAACCUCUGAUUGCCUUGUAAAGCACCUGAAGCAGGGGUGUUGAGCUUCUCUCCUUAUUUAAAAAAAGCCAAAACAACAACAACAAAAAAAGACAGAACCUGGAGAACAUCAAGAGACGCACCCUGUGCAUCAGUGCUACCAAAUUAAUGUUUUAUUUUUCACCUAUUUCUUUUUUUGUUUUGUCACCAUCACGUCAUUGCUCUUCGUUCAUGUAAAAAAAACAAUUACUUGGACAAAAUAUGUGAAUAAAAUUACUGGUACAGUUCCAGAUGACUGUAAAUUGUCGAUUUACUUUUGGACUUGUCGGAGCUAUUUUGAGCAGAGGUGAUAUUUGGGGGCGGGGGGGGGGGGUAGUUUAUGGUGAUGGUCUUAUUUUUGAUUUGUCUCUCUUCAUUUGUUGCAUUCCUUUGAUCCCUUGUAAUUCCACAUUGUUUUACUUGAAAAAUUAAGACAAUUACAGUUGAAUAAAAAGACCAAAAAUUAGUUGCCAUUUUUCAUUGUGUUGAAGAUUUUGUUUAAUUGUGGGUGAAAUACAGGCUCGUGUCAUCUUAGUAGGUAAAAAACAAAACAACUGAUACUGAAACUCACAAAACACUUUUCAAUUGUCUGUAACAGCUUCUGUGUGACUUUAACACUUUAUCAUACAAGACACAAACAGAAAACAGAACAUGGCAGAAUUUUAUUUAAAAACAAAUCUAUAUUAAAAUAAAUGUGAUGCAAAAUUCAACAGCUGUAAUAUUACACAGUAGUAAAGUCGCCGCCCCGUCCGUCAACCUUCUUCUUCUGCUGCCAAAGGAGACUCAAGUAUGGAAGCCCAUUUAUGCCAGAAAAGAAAA